CUCGACAACAACAACAACUUCUACUCAAGAUGGCCCGCACCAAGCAAACCGCUCGCAAGUCCACCGGUGGCAAGGCGCCCCGCAAGCAGCUCGCCACCAAGGCCGCUCGCAAGAGCGCGCCGGCGACCGGCGGCGUCAAGAAGCCCCACCGCUACCGCCCGGGUACGGUCGCGCUCCGUGAGAUCCGCCGCUACCAAAAGUCGACGGAGCUUCUCAUCCGCAAGCUGCCGUUCCAGCGCCUUGUCCGCGAGAUUGCCCAGGACUUCAAGACGGAUCUGCGUUUCCAGGGCUCCGCGGUCCUCGCGCUUCAGGAAGCCUCGGAGGCCUACCUCGUGGGCCUCUUUGAGGACACCAACUUGUGCGCGAUCCACGCCAAGCGCGUCACGAUCAUGCCCAAGGACAUCCAGCUCGCCCGCCGCAUCCGUGGCGAACGCUCCUAAGUUUCCUCUGGUGACGUAGUACGUCACCACCCCUCACUGGUGUUUUUCAACACCACCCUUUGUCGAAGAAAUGACGUCCUUCCAUCACCAGCGCCCCGGAUCCUCUGCCUCACUGCUCUUAGAGUACCUCAACCUCUCAGCUCGGCUCUUUUUCUCACAGAGCACCUAAGUCCAGAUGACUACGAACCUUCCACGACGAACAGAAGGCUAAUUCUUUAUCGAUGACGAGAUCGGUGUCAAGGCUGUUAUGGUGAAACUACAGUUUGGCUCGUAGCGC